AUGUCAGUUUCAUCGUUAUCAAGUCUUGAAAGCAGAAUAAAGAAGCUUUCUGAAUCUUUAUCUCAUGAUCAUACACCAGGGUCUAAAUCUCGUUCACUUCGAAAGCCUUUAUCAACAUUUGUAAUAAACACUUACGAUAAUAAUCAGAAGAAAGUGAAUAAAAGACCAUCUCAAUCAUCAUCCCAUGGCAACCAUGGAACUCCCAAGUUGAAUUCCCGUGCUCAAAGACAUACAGAUAUUGGCCCCUCCACAAGAUUUUCCACUAGUGCUAGUAAUAAUGGUCCUGGCAGUAUAUCACGGUUACAUCUUUCAUCAAGUGUGCCAUCUUCACCAAUCUCUCAAUAUCCCAUCCCACCAUCAUUAGAAUUGUCAAUUAAAGAUUUUGAGGUUGGUAAACCUCUUGGAAGAGGCAAGUUAGGCCGAGUCUAUUGUUGUAGACAUAUUGGUUCUAAUUAUGUGUGUGCUUUAAAAGUCAUGUCCAAAGAACAACUCACUUCCCAAGGAUUAGAGUUGAAUCUUCGUAGAGAAAUAGAAAUUAGCAGAAAUUUGGUGCAUCCUAAGCUUUGUCGAUUACUUUCCUUUUUCCAUGAUGAUGAUAACGUUUACUUGGUUAUUGAAUAUGCCGUAGGUGGAGAAUUAUAUUAUUCAUUGAAAAAGCAAGGUCUGUUCAAUAAUCCACAAGCUUCAAAUUAUACAUUCCAACUCACACAGGCGCUUAUCUACCUUCGUCUGAAGGGAGUGGUACAUAGAGAUAUCAAACCAGAGAAUAUUCUUGUUACUGAAGGUAACAAUAUAAAGUUAUCAGAUUUCGGCUGGUCCGUCAAAUUAUCAUCAUCAAAAGCUGAUUCUACUUUAAAUGAAUCAAGACCCCCCAAGAGACUGCUUCUUGGCAACUCGCACAAACCAUCGCUUCUUCCAACUUCUGCGAAACCUCAAAAUAAGAGACACACUCUCUGUGGAACUUUAGAUUAUUUACCUCCAGAAAUGAUUGAAUCUAAGGUCCAUGAUGCUCAGGUGGAUAACUGGGCUCUAGGAGUAUUAAUCUACGAAAUGCUUGUGGGGAAACCACCUUUCGAAGAAGCAGAUAAGGGUGACACUUACAAAAGAAUAGUAAAUAUAGAUGUGAGGUACCCUGAUUAUUUAGAUCCAUUGGCAAAGGAUUUGAUUGGUUCUUUGCUUCAGAAGAUCCCAUCCGAGAGGCUACUGUUGACUAAAGUGAUGUCACAUCCAUGGAUUGUUAGGUACAAACCUCAAUGGAAGCAAUACAGCUUGCCUCAUUAA